AUGGACAACCACCAGGAGCCCGAGCAGGCGGCACCACCACUAACCAACGACCCCAACUUCGACAUCCUCGACUGGCACCCGGCCUACCAAUCCUGCCAACGCUACUUCCUCGACCAUGCCCAACACGAAGCCGCCACACAAGCCUUGUGCGCCCUCAUCAACAUCCGCCUGCCCUUCCAAUGGCUCCAGAACCCCGUCGCCUCCACCACUCCUCCACCUUCAUCCUCCCACAGCAACACCAACACCAACGCCUCAACAUACAAUUUCAACGCCUUCCCCCCACCCCGCGCCUCCAGCAGCUCAAUCAACAGCCCGAAUCGUUCUCGCAACGGCCACGCAAACCCGGGCCCACCUCCAACCUUCGUCUCCCUUGUGCCCUACAUUCGCCGCCUAGUAGUCACAGCCUUUGACAAACCGCCCAUCCUGCACGGUCUUUUCGGGGACGACUAUGUCCGUGGCAUCUUACCCCACCUUGACUGCGAGAGGCGGAACUAUCUUUUCGCGGCGAAGGGUGGUGGGUGGCGGAGUUGUAAGAAGCAGUAUGAUGUGGGGAGUGGCGGAGGGGGUGAUGAGAGCUGUCCGUUCAUGAAGCCGUUGGAUCAGGCGAAGAUGGAGGAGUUGAUGGCGGCGGAGAAGGCGUGGAGUAGUUGGUUGGCGAUGGAGGACUGGAUGGUUGGGCCCAGGGCGCCGGAGGACGGCCCUGGUGGUCUGAGGGAGGGCAAUGGAGGGGAGGGUAGAGGAGUGCAGCAGCUUCCAGACGGCAUUUGA